CUUCCACAUAACCCUGGAAGCGUGUGAUUGCCUCGCCUGCUGGAAUGGCUCCAUUGCUGGGCUGGUCGUGCAGACCGCUGCUUCUACUGCCUCUCGUUGGAAUAUGCUUCACAAAAUUUGCAAAAGCAGAUGGAGUGAGGUCUGAACUCCACAUAUUCCAUCACUCAUGCGCCCUGAAGAAAGACGAAGGGCCGUGCAAGGCAAUAAAGGACAGGUUCUACUUUAACACUGACACAGGUCGCUGUGAAUUCUUUGAAUACGGAGGAUGCCAAGGCAAUGCUAACAAUUUCGAGACCCUGCAGGACUGUGAGGAAAUGUGUCUUGUGAAAGAGGAUAAGAGUCCAUGCCAUCUGGAGGAUGAGCCGGGGCCAUGUCGAGGACUGGUGCCGCGUUAUUUUUUUGAUUACAAGAUCCAGGAAUGCAAGCGAUUCUUUUAUGGUGGCUGCUUUGGGAAUGCCAACAACUUCAAGACCAUAAAAGAAUGCCAUGAGAGAUGUCUGCCCGCCUCAAACCGCAUGGAACACAAUGCUCCAUUAAUGCCAGAAGAAGAAGAAGCCAAACCCAAAACAGAGCCUCUCACGGAACAUGUUGAAGCUUCAUUGAAUGCAUCACAUGUGUCACUGCAGAGAAUGUCCCAACCAUCUGCACAGGAAGCAGCUGCCUCAAACCAUAUGGAACAAAAUGCUCCAUUAAAGCCAGAAGAAGAAGAAGAAGCCAAACCCAAAACAGAGCCUCUCAUCAGACAUGAGUUCAAUCCCCCAGAAUUCUGCUUGAGUCCAGUUGAUAGGGGCGAUUGUGAUGAAUCUGUGAGGAGAUAUGUUUACAACCCCAGGACUGGGAGAUGCCAGAUGUUUCGUUACAGCGGCUGCGGAGGCAACAAAAACAACUUUGUCCACAAAAGACACUGCAUGAAAAUGUGCACGAAAGAUCACAGCCGGAGGAAGCAAAUACGGAUAAAGACAAAAAACUCUAAUAUCUUAUUCCGAUCUAUCUAGGACAAUACCAAAUCCUAAACCACUAUAUAAAGAGGAAAUAAGAAAAAAUAAGAAACAGCAGCAUAUAGUACCUCUCUGGCCCAGAAACUGUUCUCAUGUAUAUAAUUAUCACAGUUAAUGGAAUUUUAAUCUGGCCUUCAUAUAUAUAUAUAUAUAUAUAUAUAUAUAUAUAUAUAUAUAUAUAUAUAUAUAUAUAUAUAUAAGACAUUCUACAUACUUUAAAUGUAAAACAUAAUCUAACGCUCUAUGUUAUGUUCUAAAAUACUAAUUAAAUUGUAUCAAAAUAUACAUAUAAUAAAAUAUACACACAAACACACACACACGCACACACGUAUAUAAAAUGUAUCUUUUUUUUUCCUCUUUUUUUUAUUUCCACAGUUCCACUUAUGGAUCUAUUUAUAGCUAUUUAUGGUUGUUAUAUUUGCUGGCAAUUCUAAACCCUUUGUCUUUCUUUCCUUUAUUUUUUUCAAACCUACCAAUUUAUUAUCAUUUUAUAUAUGAUUAAUCUUUAUUAUAUGUUGUUUAUAAAGUACACUCCAAAUGAUGUUGUCAAAUGUUUUUAUGCCCUUGCACUGUGACCUUGAACUCUUGAGGAAACUUGAGGCAAAUGUAUUUUUUUUCUUCAUCCAGGACACGGCGAUUCAAAGUUGAGUCUAACAUAAAAAUUAUAGAAAACGUGACCAGCGGAUCAUCGCUAAGAGCCACUUAACCCUAUAUGACUGCAUAAUUUACUAACAUCUUAAAUUUCCAAUAAAGUACCAGCAAAUCAA